CUCGUGGACCAUUCAUUGUAAAUAGUAACCGUCAUUUCUGAAUGCGCAGUUAAAAAGUGAAUGAAACUUCAUAAAUACAUAACCAAAAACUUAAAAAGAGCAGAAUUCUUUGAAGUUCCGCAAAAAUGGCAUUCAAUAUACAAGAUUCCAAUAUGGAUAAUGAAGAAGAUUUACAAGCAAGUCAAUGGUAUGGAGUAAGAGAAGCUACAUUGUUUCUUGUCGAUGCCACACACAGAAUGUUUGAAGUAGAAAAGAACCAAACUCAGCCAGAAACCGAACGCAGCUACAUUCAAAAAUUUUUCAAGCUAUAUAAGCAGAUUCUUCGACAGAAACUUGCAUGGAGUAUGCAAGAUUGGAUGGGUGUAGUAUUAUUUGGUACUGAAGAAAGCGAUGCAAAUUCAAGCUGGAAACACAUUCAAAAUUUGCAAGAAUUACGAGUUGUUACCUUGGAUGACUUACAACGAAUCAGAAAAUUAACUAAAAGUGGCAUGAAGGGCUAUCAGAGUAUUAAAUCUGAGGAUGCUUAUCCACUUCACGACGCAUUGACAUACGCAAUCGAUAUUUUUUUGAAGAUAAAAACAGUUCUUACUAAACGCAGGAUAGUUCUGAUCACUUCUCAUGUUGCCAAACUAGCGGAUGACGAAAAGCAUCGCAUCAGAUCAACGGCAGCAUCUUUGAAGGACUUGGAUAUUAAAUUAUAUGUAAUUGGUUUGGGGAAGAAUUGGAUACAGGAUCAAUUCUACAAAGAUUUAGAAAUUCUAUCGAGAAAAACGGAUGUAGAUGUUUAUAGAAUGACAUCAUUGGUAGAUUUAGUGCAACAGAUUAAAGCACCUUCCAAAAACAUUGCACGUUUAUGCCUCAAGAUAAGCGACGAUUUGGAACUUGAUUUGGUUGUCCGUACUCUGGGCAGGAAACGUAGAUGCUUACGAACAAAGCCACUAAGUAAAGCUACUAAUCAAGUUUUAUCGAGAUCGACAUAUUUUAAGGGUGAAGAUUCCAAUGAUGAGGAGAAUAGUGACAAUGAAGAAUCUAAUUUACCUUUUAUGAUACCAGAAGAAGUGAACUGGGAAACUAAGGAGUUAAUUGGAAAUAGAAAAUUACGUUUUACACCAAAAGAACGUUCUCGUAUGAAGCAUAUACAUCCACCAGCCAUCAAGAUAAUCGGCACAAGACCUAUACCCGACGAUCUCUUUAGAUAUCACGUUAAACGGAAAUAUUUCAUCAGAGCGGAUUACAGUAGCAGUCGUAAAGAUAAUCUAUUGUUCUUCGGCGCUUUAUUGAAUAAAUGCGCCACUAAAGGAAAAAUGAUUGUUUGUAUGUUCACAUUGCGGAUGAAUACUCAAACUAAUCUCUGCUAUAUGAUUCCAAAUGCUGAUUUAGGCGGCUUUUUCUUAUCAAAAAUUGCAUAUAAAGGAGACAUUGGAGAUAAAAGUGAAGCAUUGCAUCAUUAUGAUGCACAAAAUUGGGUAACUGAUGAAGAAGUGAUAUUAUGGAAAAAGACAAUUGACAAGCUCAAUAUGGAUUACCAUCCCUGCAAAUUUAGAUCUUACAAAUUGGAAUGUCAAAUACAAAUAGUAGAAAAGUUAGCUCUAGAUAAGGAACCUGGUCCUCCGCCAAUUGAUUCAAUCGAACAGUCAUUUGAGGCAACUCGUAAGAAAACAGCAGAUUUAAUGUCCGAAUUUAAGGAUAUGUAUCCUAAUAUAAACAAAUCUGAUGGUCCACCAAAAGCAAAAAGAGCUAAAAAGAGUAAGAAGGAAACAUCAUAAUUAUUGUACAUAAUUAUGUGGAAUAGCAUUCUAUAAUGAAAGUAACAUGAUAAUAUAUUUUAAAGAGAAUUUACAU